AUGAGCUUCGAUCUAUCGCGAUACCUCCUCACAUCCCUCGUUCUUAUCUCUUUGCUAUCUCACUCGCACCUAGCAGUCUGCAGCACGCAUGACAAUGGCGCCGAUGACGACUCGCCUCGGACCGCGUCACAACCACUGGCACAGACCCUCCACCCGGACAGCCUCGUACUGCCACGUCGGAGACUCCAAGCUGGCGCUGCCGGCCGACGUGGCAAGAUCCAGUUGGAGCGGCCAGUAGCGGCGGCGGAGCCGCAACACCAGGCCGUGAUUGACGGCGGCGUGAGACCCGUCGCCGUGACGGCAUCCAAGCCGCCGGUAGCAAGCCUACAGGUCACCACUCAAGGCCGUCGGGCAGCAGCGGACAACGCGGCGGGAAAUGCGGGGAGUAGAGAGAAGACGCAAGGUGGAGGCACGCUUAAGGAAGGCAUUUUAGGAAAGUCUUUAACUCAAGUCGGCCUGAUCGACUAUUUCUCGAAGAGAAUAGGGCUCGCAGCUCCAGUGGGCCAAUCAAAAUCCAAGCCGCGUCUGCCUCUCUGCCCGGAAUUUGCGCCGCCUCUCUCGGGCGCGUCUUCCGCCGUCGUGUCCGCUUGUCAAUGGGGCGACCCGCUCCCACCCUCGUACUCAGCCACGGCCGCUGGUCUGGGAUCUUCAGGCUCGGACUUAGGUCCGGCAGAGCUCGGUGGCCCGGGAAAAGCGGCGCAAUUUAUGGAAGACUGGUUGCGGUGGAAGCAGGAGGGAGGAGAGGCGGCGGAGAGGGAGUGUAUGCGGCAGCGCGCGUGGUUCUACGCGGGAAUUGCGGAGGAGACGUGCGACUUGAGCGCGCUCCGCGCUGCUCAGGCCGCUUCCCCGCGGAUCGCGGCGGGAGGUGUGGCCGCUGCUGACGUGGACGGCAGCGGAGGUGGCAUACUCGUGCUGCGUGACGUGUACGUCAACGCACAGGGGCUGGUGUUCAACAAAAGCCACGUGUUCGUCGUUGAUAGGUGCGGAUCCGGCCAAUGGAAGCAGCAGCAGCAGCCGCAGAAGCAGCAGCAGCAGCAGGUGAAAGUUCCCUCCUACCCACCUGGAACCAGGGUCACUGUUCACCCCCACCUGAUAAAUCUCCUGCCGUACGAAGGCCACGAAGAGGAAGAAGAGGACGAGCAAGGAACCUCUGGGGGCGGCAAAUCUGGGUCAAACGGCGGGGGCAAUCCCGAGGGGAGGGAGUGGGUGGCGCAGGCAAAGCUGCACAACAGCAAGGAGCGGCUGGUAGCGCGGCUGCUGCCCGUGCUCUUCCUGCUCUCCUCCGCCCUCAUGCCCGCCGCGCGCCGCUUCCCUCUGCUGCUCGCCGACCGCCACGUGCUCUUCCACCUGGGACUGGGGGUGUUCAGCACCGACCUCUCCUCCCUCGCCAUCUCGCCCGAGUCUGCCCUGCUCGGGGACAGCCGCGAUCAUUUGUUCUUCGCCAAGCAACUCUAUAUGGUAAGUUCUGUUCUCUUAGUCUGCUGCUCCGUUAGUCUGCUGUUGUUCCACCUGGGCCUGGGGGUGUUCGGUACCGACCUCUCGUCCCUCGCCAUCUCGCCCGAGUCUUCCCUGCUGGGCGACAGCCGCGAGCAUCUCUUCUUUGCGAAACAGCUCUAUGUGGUCAAAGGGGGGGUUGCCUUUGCAGAAGCGGACGAAAUAGCGCGGCAGGGAGGGCCAGACGCAGUGAAGAAGUGGAGGGUGAGGGAGGAGUUGAAGUAUGAGUGGGUGGUGCCAAAGGAGCGUUGCCCUGCUGUUGCUGCUGGGGCGUUUGGGUCGCUGUUUGGGCCAGAGAGUGAGAGAGAGGAGGCCGGUGGAGGCGGGGCUGGUAGUACGGAUUAUUAUGAGACUGCUGCUGGUGAUUCUGCUGAUGACUCUGCUGCUGGUGGUGCUGCUGCUGCUGCUGCUGCCGCUGCUGGUGCUGAUGAGGGGUUGUUUUCCCGCUUUGACGGCCGAUCACUUUGCCAGCUGGCCCGCUUGCGGGACGACGGCCUUCGAAUUGCCUUCUUAGGGGACUCCCUCUCCAAGGAGGCGCACACCUCUUUCCUAAACAACAUGCUUAAGCACGUGCCGAAACCGGCGCUAAAAGCCGUCACAUUUCGGAAAUGCAUGCCAUGGCUCGGGACUCACACCGGGUACUGUCACGAGCGGUUCACCGGGCUCGGGUGCUCCGGGCUGGAGCUACACCUCGUAUUCAAUAAAAGGCUCAUGCCGGUGGAUUCGGAGAAGGACGAGCGGCUGUGGUGGAAAAAUAUGCCUUGGCUAGAUGACCCCGGGAUUGCGAAUUCCCAUGUGCUGGUGAUUAACAGGGGAGCUCAUGUUACGACUGAUGAGCAUCUGGUAACCGCCGUGCGGCGCACGUUACAGUUCGUCCGGCAGAAUUACCCGGAGAAACUGGUGGUAUUCCGGUCAACCGCCCCAGGACACAUGGGCUGCACGAAUGCUACAGGACCCAUCAAGCAGCGGCAGGACCCGAAAACGCUCCCAUUUGGGUGGGGGAAUUUCAAGCGUCAGAAUGAGCUGCUGAGAGGGGUGGUGGAGGAGAUGGGAGCUGUGUUUAUGGAUAUUGAGCCUAUGACUGCGCUCAGGCCGGAUGGGCACAGGGGAAGGAUCACGGAGCAGAAAACAGACUGUCUGCACUACUGCUCACCAGGCCCUGAGGACGCCUGGAGCGAGUACCUGUAUAACAUCAUUCAGAGAAUAGUGCCCGAGUACUAG